AUGAAAGGGCUCGUGCUUUUUGCUGCUGCACUUUCGUCAGCUCAGACCAUCUUAAACGCCCACUCGCCUUCGUUCUUGGAUCAAUUGUACGGUGAGUUGGUUCACGAUGCUCCCAAUAUUUCCCACAACAGGUACUUGUACCAACAGCAGCAGUUGCAGCCGCAAACAGACGAGAUGGACUUGGUUUUCUCCACCAAUGAUCAAAAACAACCAGACAGCUACUACGCCCAUAUCUUCAAUUAUCAUAUGAAGAUGAGAGCCACCAUUGACCUUCCUGAUAAAGACGACGUUUCAGACAUUUUAGUCGACCAAAACAUGUUUGGAGGGAUAGUAACCUAUGCGCAUCUCCCGCACUUUCAUUGCAUUGCCAAGCCAUCUCGCGACACCAAGAACAAGAUCGAUGUAGCGAUCAUUGGGGCACCAUUCGAUACUGGGGUCUCCUUCCGCCCGGGCGCACGCUUCGGCCCAGAUUCGAUUCGAUCUGCAGCGAAACGUCUUGGCUCGGCCUGGAACUCGCCCAAAAAGAGACCGGGUUAUCCCGUUGACCCAUAUGACCCAUCCACACAUAACUAUUCCAUCGUGGAUUGCGGAGACGUGGCAAUGACGCCCUUUGAUAAUAGGAUCGCCUUGAACCAAUUGUACCGUGGCCUUCGCGCCAUUCUGGAGAACUACAAGAAUACCGGUUCAGUAUACGCGCAUCCACGUGUCAUCACACUCGGAGGAGACCACACCAUCACUUUGAUGUGCUUAAAGAAUUUAUACGAGCAGCACGGCCGCAAGAUUAAAGUUCUUCAUUUUGAUUCGCACAUUGAUACCUGGGAUCCCAAAGUAUUGGGCGGGGGGAUCACCAAUUACAUGAGCUUGAACCACGGCACCUUUUUGCAUUAUGCGCACGAGUUGGGGUUGAUCCAAGAAGGGCACGGCUCAAACUAUCAUGUAGGUAUAAGGGCACCGUUAAUAGACACCAAGUACGACCUGCACCACGACUCCUAUUGCGGAUUUCAGAUUAUUGGUGCAGCAGACAUAGACAGAAUCGGAGUUAGGGGCAUUGUAGAGCGGUUGAAGCAGAGCUAUACCGAGGAAGAUAUCAAGAACGAUACUCCCGUUUACAUCUCGGUCGAUAUUGACGUUUUGGAUCCUGCUUAUGCGCCAGGCACGGGAACCAUGGAAGUCGGUGGGUUCACCACAAGGGAAUUGUUGAGUAUCUUGGACGGAUUGAAGGGGUCUGAGUUGGGUAACCACCUUGUUGGAUGCGAUGUUGUUGAAGUCAGCCCACCUUUCGACUCCAAUAGUGGCAUCACUAGUUUGGCCGCUACUGCUGUCAUUGACUCUUUUUUGAAGAUAAUGGUACGGUGA